CUUACAUUAGAAGUACAAAUAUGAAUGAAUACUAGUUUAUAGAUGUUGCAAAAGUACUCAACUCUACAUGACCCAUGUUGGCUAAUUACUCGGAAAAAACUCAGACAACGAAUAUGCAACAAUAUUUGAAGAUAGUGCUCAGUCUAAUUUUAUUGCUGUGGAUUAUGAUGAUGGUGACACAUAUGUCAAUGUCACAACGAUUCUUAAUAGUACAAUUACAGCCAAACAUAACAAAAACGAAAACCAAACCGGAAAUUGCGCCUGCACAAAGGACUAGGAAUUUUACGAAACCAUUUUUGUAUAUAAUAAAUGUCAAACAAUGUGUAGCCGAACAUUUGACUGUUGCGGAUAUGCUCGGAAAUCCUGAGACUUUAGAUGUACUAGUGAUGAGCUAUGGAUCGCCUUGUAAUAACGCAAAGCGAGAAUUACGCCAUUUUGUAUAUAGUUAUGCCCCAAACACAACUUGGACAUCCGGAAGAAAUGCUGCAUGGUCGUACACACAAAAACAUUUUGAACAGUAUAAGUAUUACAUUUUUAUGGAUGAAGACUGUGUGCUACAAACAACAAUGAGCAGAAUGCUAGACAUUAAUGUCCUUGAGAAAAUACGAACAUUGAAUAUGCCCAUAUUAAGGCAAUUUGAAUUGUUUUUAUUAGAAACACAACCUGCAGUGGCGGCACCUUUCCAUGCAGAUAAUGCAUCAGUUUUUAUCCGUGACAUUUUAUUAUGUUGUCCCGGACACGACAACCCAAAUAAACUAUGGAACCUUCCGGAGAGAAUUCCAAUGAAUAAAUUUGAUCCAAUAUUUGCUGCGUUUCAUUGUCAGGCAAUAAAGUAUAUAAUGCCACUGAUUACACAAUUCGACACCAAGAAUUGGUGGAUCGCUGGGCAUUAUCUCCAUUUAAAAUCAUACUAUUAUUUUCAUCGCCAGCUUGUACGAUAUACUCCCAUGACAGUGAUCAACCCCAUGCAUACAAAUUAUCCCAAAUUUGGUGGUCCUUCCGAUGUAGAUUUAAUAAAGAUUAUUCAAUCGGAAGUCCCAGAUGCUGUCAAAAAUGCAACACGAUUCACAGAUGACGCUCGAAGAUGCCUCUCACCAAGAUAUUUUACAGUUCAUCCAUUGAUGCCGUCUUUUGAACUGGCUGAGAUUAAUGACACAAUAGAACCCUUCAAGUAUAUUUAACAAGUCAAACCAAUGAAACAAGAUGUUACCAUUGCAAAAUGUCAUCACCUGGUUACAUAACCAUUUGGGACCAUCCAGAUUUUGUAAGCAAUUUGGGCAAUUAAAUUUUACUUGUUUCAUUCAACAGUCCACGAUUGCUUAGUUUUUUGUAUCAAAUGCACUGUCUGUAUUGAUAAAUCUAUAAAAUCAGAAAUAAAAAAAAUGAAA